AUGGAGUGGCCGACACGAGAGGCCGAGGCCGAUUACAGGCGCGCGGUGGACCUGCUGAUGCGGCCCAAUCGCGCCAAUGGCCUGGACGGUCUGCUGUUGCUGCGGUCGCUCGCCGUUGAGGGGCGCCACCCCGCCGCCCGUGGACCCUUCGCCUGCCGCCGUCGGCCAAGUGGCGAGGCUUGGGCGGCCGGGAUCGACUGGGACGUUGCCAUGGGGUCUGGCGCGUGCACACCGAACGCGACGAUCACCCCAUCGCCCACUACCUCCUCUCCCGCAAGAGGUACCAUUGCCAUCGUCGUCAUCAAAUCGUGGUGUUGUGCGGUUCUGGUUGUGCAUGACGGUCAUCACCAUCCCUGGCUGGUGCUCACUUCCUCGGCCAAGCAGAAGCAAGAUCUUUCCGCCGCGCGCACAGGGGCGACGGGCACGCCUUGCGGUUCUUCAACCGCCGACCAAUUCUCUGCAGUCGCCGAUGACGGCGCAACCGCGUCGCCCACCUCGCUAUUCCACAGCUGCGCGCGGAUCGAGGCCGAGAUCUUGGCGCGGGCUGAUGAUGGCGGCGACGAGAGGCCAGGCCCGUUCGAGCGGGCGGUGGCGACG